UACUCCCACACAAAGAAAAGAAAUAAUAAUAAUAAAUUCGCCCGAGCAGAAGCUGAAGCUGGAGUUUUUGGUACUCCCGGCUUGUGAAAGGCGCGAAUGAAUUCGUUGGCGCAUCGAGUUCCUCUUUCUUCGUUGCGACUUUCGGUUUCGAGUUCGAGUUGGAGGCGCUUUUCCCGUAAGGAGAGCCAUAACCAUAAGUUUAGGGCGCUUCCGGUAGUUUCAUCUGCAGCUUCCACUACUCCCAUUUCCAAUGCGCAGACCAAAGAGCGCCUUAAACUCAAGCAGCUCUUCAAGGAAGCUUACGAACGCUGCUGUACUACUCCCAUGGAUGGCGUCUCCUUCACGCUUGAGGACUUCCAUGCUGCUCUCUCCAACUAUGACUUCGUUUCCGAACUCGGAACCAAGGUUAAAGGAACUGUAUUCAGUACCGAUGCUAGUGGGGCACUAGUUGACACUACUGCAAAGGGAACUGCAUACUUGCCCAUCGAGGAGGCAUGCAUUCUUAAAAUAAGACAUGUAGAAGAAGCAGGCAUAUAUCCUGGUCUAGAAGAGGAGUUUGUAAUUAUAGCUGAACAUGAAACUGAUGGUAGCUUGAUUCUUAGCUUGAGAAGACUUCAGUAUGGCCUUGCCUGGGAGCGAUGCAGACAACUCCAAGCUGAGGAUGUUGUUAUCAAGGGUAAGGUUGUUGGUGCAAACAAAGGGGGAGUAUUUGUUCUCGUGGAAGGCCUUAGAGGCUUCGUUCCUUUCUCUCAGAUAUCAGCAAAAUCAACUGCAGAGGAGCUGCUUGAUAAAGAGCUACGCCUGAAGUUUGUGGAGGUCGAUGAGGAACUAUCUCGGCUAAUACUAAGUAACUGCAAGGCAAUUGCCAAUAGUCAGGCAGAGCUAAGAAUUGGGUCAGUAGUUACUGGAACCGUGCAGAUUUUGAAAUCAUAUGGAGCCUUUAUUGACAUUGGUGGAGUUAAUGGCCUUCUUCAUAUUAGUCAAAUCAGUCAUAAUCACAUAUCAGAUAUGGCAACUGUUCUUAGACCAGGAGACACGCUAAAGGUCAUGAUUUUGAGCUAUGAUCAUGAGAGAGGCCGUGUUAGUCUUUCUACCAAGAAUUUGGAACCUACUCCUGGAGACAUGAUUCACAAUCCAAAGCUUGUUUUUGAGAAGGCAGAUGAGAUGGCUCAGACGUUCAGGCAAAGAAUAGCUCAAGCAGAAGCAAUGGCUCGUGUAGACCUUCUCAGACUUCAGCCUGAGAGUGGAUUUACUCAGAGCUUUGAUGGGAUAUUGGGUGGGCUUGCACCUGAAUUGCCUGCGUAGGUUGUAGAUCUCACUGAUGUUUCCCUCACAGAAUAAUAACGAAGAGUUAUUACAUUUAUAGCUUGCUUCUCUCCUGUUAAUAAUUCCACAUUUAAUUUUUAGUAUUGGACUUAAUUUAUAAAAUGGCGCCCUUCCAAAGGUAUAGGGUAUAUAUAGGUCAGACUCUUUGGAAGUAAUGCUAUUUGUGGGUAACAACUUGUUGGGCUUUUAUCUUGCCUGAUUCACAAUAUUGUUUUAACGGCAAGAUAGUUUUAUGAUCGCUAUGCUUUUGAAGUUGAAUCAGUAAUUGCUAUUCAGUUGAUGAAUUUUUUAA